CGGUGCCCGAAGACCCAUCGGCCUGAUCGUUGAUCGGCUGCGCCUCCUGAUGAACUGCAGUCCCCGGCAGCGCGCAGCUUUCAGCGCCACUUAACGGGUUCAGCGGUAGCGGCGAUUAUUCCUGGAUUAAAGAGAAACCAGUUACAGCAGGACUGGAGCCGUGUCCUUGUUGCAAAAGUUUGGUGCAAGUUUACCCCUGGAGGAGCCAACAGCUGAAGCUUGGCAGACUUUCCAGCCUGUGGUUAUGGAAUAGAGGAGCGGAGAGGAGCCAGGCGUUAGGCCUGCGGAUAACUAACGUUAGUUAGCCGAGCUAGCUGAUGUGAAGCGGUCUGUCCAUGUUUGGGUCGCUGUGCUAACUAGCUAGGUGCUAUUUUUGUUAGCAUAAUAGAUAGCCAACCACGGCUGCUAGCUUGUUUUGAUCCAGAUAUAUUGAGGGAACCUGCCGAGUCCACCACAAUUACACGUUUCCUGAACUUUCUCGAAGUUUUAAGUCAGCCUGCUAAGCCAACGUUUUAUAGUAAGAGAGCUAGUGAGCUUGGUCUUUGUCGCACAAAGUUGAACUCUUGACUUGGUUGGUGUUAAAUAAAUCCGUUUGGGUCUUUUUUCUCUGUAUAAGGUAUUGCAUGUUGAUGGUUAAACAUCAGUUAGUCUCAGUUCAGACCGCACAGUCUCUCUGCCCCCCCACAGGGCUACAGUUAACAUCUUUUUCGGUCCUUCACAACCCGUCCUACCGACCACUGUCUCCUGUUUGAGGCCGGCAUCAGUGGCUGGCCACUCGGCACUGAGUGCCCAAUGGAGGAACAUGACAACAUGGACUAUUUUUACCAGCAGGUACUACAGAAAGACGUUACCCGCAGGUUGCAGGUCGGACAGGACCUCAUUGACUACCUAAACGACCCGCACCGCUCCCCGGACGUGGAACAGGACAAACCCCGACUGGAUAAGACCAUAGACGAGCUAACCGGAUGGGUGAACUCCAGCAAUUUCAAGGUGGCGUUGAUGGGGAUAGACAUCUGCGGUGCGUUUGUGGACCGCAUGGGAGAGCGGUUCAAAGGAUACCUGGGCACAGUCUUGCCAGCUCUGGUGGACCGGCUGGGUGAUGGGAAGGACCAGGUUCGGGAGAACAGCCAAGCUCUUAUCCUUCGCUGCAUGGAGCAGACUGCCUCACCCAUGUACGUUUGGGAAAGGCUGCUUCCUGGUUUUAAACAUAAGAACUUCCGCAGUCGAGAAGGAGUCUGCCUCUGUCUCAGUGCCACGCUCAACACGUAUGGAGCCCAACCACUGAGCCUCAGUAAACUAGUUCCUCAUCUCUGCUCUCUGACUGGAGACCAGAACCCACAGGUUCGUGAGGCCUCCAUAACAACAUUGGUGGAUGUUUAUCGUCACGUCGGAGAGAGGGUCAGAGCAGAUGUGGGGAAGAGAGGACUGCCUGCUGCACGGUUACAGACGAUCUUUGCUCGUUUUGAUGAAGCCUUGAAUUCAGGCAACAUGGCUCUCAGCCCAAGUCACGAUCGUAGUUUUGAGGAUGACGACAGUGUGGAUGGGAAUCGUUCUUCCUCAGCCCAGGCUGCUUUCAAGGUCCCAAAAGUUCCCAAGAAGCCUGCAGAGUCCUCGGCUGCACGCAGACCCAGCGCUACCGGUGGCAAGCUAGUAUCUAAGGAAAGUGCCGGGGCAGUUGAUGAAGAUGAUUUCAUCAAAGCCUUCACAGAUGUCCCUACUGUCCAGAUCUACUCAACAAGAGAUCUUGAGGACAACCUCAAUAAGAUCCGUGAGGUUUGCUCCGACGACAAACAUGACUGGGACCAGAGAGCCAACGCUCUGAAAAAGAUCCGCUCACUGCUCGUGGCAGGUGCAGCCAACUACGACUGUUUUUACCAGCACCUGCGGCUACUAGAUGGAGCUUUCAAACUGUCGGCUAAAGACCUGCGCUCACAAGUGGUUCGAGAGGCCUGCAUCACUGUGGCCCACCUUUCAUUAGUGUUGGGGAAUAAGUUUGACCAUGGAGCGGAAGCCAUCGUCCCUGUCCUGUUUAACCUCAUCCCCAACUGUGCCAAAGUCAUGGCCACCUCCUGGUGUUCCGCUAUCCGCAUCAUCAUACGGCACACGCACGUCCCCAGGCUCAUCCCUCUGAUAACCAGUAACUGCACAUCCAAGUCUGUGGCUGUUAGAAGGCGCUGUUAUGAUUUCUUGGACCUUCUGCUACAGGAAUGGCAAACCCACUCUCUAGAGAGACACACAGCAGUUCUAGUUGAGAGCAUCAAGAAGGGAAUUCGAGAUGCUGACUCAGAGGCCAGAGUGGAGGCCCGCAAGGCCUACUGGGGUUUGAGGAACCACUUUCCAGCAGAGGCCGACGCUCUCUACAACUCGCUGGAGUCGUCAUAUCAGAGGACCCUUCAGUCCUGCCUGAAGAGCUCCGGCAGCGUGGCCUCACUUCCCCAGAGUGACCGUUCCUCAUCUUCCUCUCAGGAGAGCCUCAAUCGGCCUCUGUCUUCUAAAUGGUCAGCAGCUCCUGGGCGAGUCCCCGCGGGUUCAAAGGGUGGGGUGUCGGCGGCCUCCCUGCAGCGUUCCCGUAGCGACGUGGACGUAAACGCAGCAGCAGUCGCUAAGCACCGGCACGUCGGACAGGCUGGGGGAGCAAGCCGACUGCCCCCCGGCUCCUACUCCUCACUGGAUGAUGCCUCUGAUAAAACGGAUGGGACCAGGUCAGACAAUGGCCGUGUACGUACCAAGCAGGUCCUGUCCACGGCCAGCAGCGUGUCCAGCCAGGUGGACUCACGAGGACGCAGCCGCACCAAGAUGGUCUCCCAGUCACAACGUUCCGACGAAUCCGAUUGCACACCAGGAUCUCAGUCUGCUACCCCUGUUGGUGCCGGCAGUCGGAGUGGCUCUCCCGGUCGUGUCCUGACGAGUACGGCCCUGAGCACCAUGAGCUCGGGGGCCCACAGGGUGCUGGCCGGGGCCAGCGGAGACGGACACAGACGCAGCCGCAUCCCCCGCAGCCAGGGCUGCUCCAGAGACUCUUCCCCCACCCGCCUGUCUGUUGCUCCUUCCAGCAUUAGUUCCAUCUACAACGGAGCGAGUAGAGGAGCUCGGGGCAGUCGUAUCCCUCGGCCCAGUAUGAGUCAGGGCUGCAGCAGAGAAGCCAGCAGGGAGAGCAGCCGGGACACCAGCCCCGUACGCUCCUUCACACCACUUGCGACGCGGAGCUACUCUCGCUCCACCGGAGCUCUCCACACACCUGACGCUUUUGGGGCUGCAGGAUCAGGUUUUGGCAUCAGUCAAUCCAGUCGUCUCUCCUCCUCAGUCAGUGCCAUGAGGGUCCUCAACACGGGCUCAGACGUAGAAGAGGCACUUGCAGAUGCACUGCUGUUGGGAGACAUGCGAUCCAAGAAGAAGCCCGCACGGCGGCGGUACGAGAACUACGGCAUGUACUCCGAUGACGAUGCUAACAGUGACGCAUCCAGCGCCUGCUCAGAAAGGUCCUACAGCUCCCGCAAUGGAGGAGCCAUCCCGACGUACAUGAGACAGACAGAGGAUGUGGCUGAGGUGCUGAAUCGCUGUGCUAGUGCCAACUGGUCUGAGAGGAAGGAGGGGCUGUUGGGCCUACAGGCACUACUGAAGAACCAACGCACCCUCAGUCGGGUCGAGUUGAAGAGACUGUGUGAAAUCUUCACCAGGAUGUUUGCAGACCCACACAGUAAGGUGUUCAGUAUGUUCCUGGAAACACUAGUAGACUUCAUCCAGGUCCAUAAGGACGACCUGCAGGACUGGUUGUUCGUCCUGCUCACGCAGCUGCUGAAGAAGAUGGGAGCGGACCUGCUGGGCUCCGUACAGGCCAAAGUUCAGAAAGCCCUGGAUGUCACACGAGAGUCUUUCCCCAAUGACCUCCAGUUUACUAUUCUCAUGAGGUUUACCGUUGACCAGACACAGACGCCCAACCUCAAGGUGAAGGUGGCUAUCCUGAAGUACAUAGAGACACUAACGUUACAGAUGGAGGCUCCAGACUUUGUGAACUCUAGUGAGACUCGGCUGGCUGUCUCCCGCAUCAUCACAUGGACAACUGAACCCAAAAGCUCUGACGUCAGAAAGGCAGCCCAGUCGGUGCUAAUCGCCCUGUUCCAGCUCAACACUCCAGAGUUCACCAUGCUGCUGGCAGCUCUGCCCAAAACCUUUCAGGAUGGAGCCACCAAGCUGCUUCAAAACCAUCUGAAGAACACUGGCAAUGCUGCACAGGCACCAAUGGGCAGCCCUCUGACUCGCCACACCCCCAGAUCUCCAGCCAGCUGGUCCAGCCCAGUCACCUCCCCCACCAACACCUCCCAGAACACCCCCUCACCAAGUGCUUUUGACUAUGACACAGAAAACAUGAACUCGGAGGACAUCUACAGCUCGCUGAAAGGUGUCACCGAGGCGAUCCAGAACUUCAGCGUCCGCAGCCAAGAGGACAUGAAUGAACCAGUGCAGCGGCGGGAAGGAGAGGAGGGAGGCAGCGGGAUGGAUGGUAGAGUGUCAGACCUGAUGGACGGUGGCCGCAUGGCUCUGGACAACAAGACUUCCCUCCUCAACACCCCCCUGCUCUCCUCCAGCCCCAGAGGAGCCCGCGAGCACUUCUCCGACUCCCCCUUCAAGCACAGCCGUAAAGACACCAGCCUGGACGACUCUGAGCAGCUCACUGAUGAGAGCAGCCUGGACCAGUCGGAGCUGGUGGCUGAGCUGCUGAAGGAGCUGUCCAAUCACAACGAGCGCAUAGAGGAGAGGAAGGCGGCACUGUGUGAGCUUCUGAAGCUGAUUCGCGAAAACACCCUGCAGGUGUGGGAUGAACAUUUCAAGACCAUCCUGCUGCUCCUGCUCGAGACGAUGGGCGACAGAGAGCAUGUGAUCCGAACACUGGCUCUGCGGGUGCUGAGGGAAAUUCUCAGCAAACAGCCCUGGAGGUUCAAGAACUACGCAGAGCUCACCAUCAUGAAGGCCCUGGAGGCUCACAAAGACCCUCACAAGGAGGUGGUACGAGCAGCAGAGGAGACGGCGGCCAUGUUGGCCUUGUCCAUCAGUCCAGACCAGUGUAUCAAGGUGUUGUGUCCCAUCAUCCAGUCAGCUGACUACCCCAUCAACCUGGCUGCCAUCAAGAUGCAGACCAAAGUGGUGGAGAGGAUUCCCAGAGAGGGUCUGAUCAGCCUGCUGCCUGAGAUAGUGCCAGGACUCAUACAGGGUUAUGACAACUCUGAGAGCAGUGUGAGGAAAGCCUGUGUAUUCUGCUUGGUGGCCAUUCAUGCAGUGAUCGGAGAGGACCUCAAACCGCACCUCAGCCAACUCUCUAGCAGCAAGCUGAAGCUGCUGAAUCUGUAUAUCAAGCGCGCCCAGUCCGGCUCCAGUGGCAGUGAACCCCCAUCAGAGGGCCUAUAGGAGACACAGCGCCCUCCCACAGGGCAACUACAGAACUGCAACUCUGCCCACCAUCAAACAUAAAAGCAUCUGUCCAUGUGCUCACAUCCACACAGGCCCGAGAACAAAACAUACAUCCCUAACACUCUGCUUACAUCGACACAUACGCUUGCACUCCGGACAACAACAGAGUGACACACACAUACACACACACACAAACGCAUAGGUACACACAGUCCUCCCCUAUUUACUGCCCCACUGCAAGAUGGGAGCUGUGGUGCAGAGGAGUGUUGUAGUUCUCCUGACCAUCGCUGAGGAUUCCACCCUGAUCUCAGACUGAACUGAACCCUUAAAUCUGCAUUAAACAUCAAUAGACGCACACAUACAGCCGCAUACUCUACCCAGGUUUGUCACUAAUCACUCAAGGAUGAAGAUAUGAAAUAUCCGUCCUCUCCACUCUCCUUUAUAUCUCGAACUCAACAGUAUCCCCCUCUGAACAACACCUUGAUGUCAACAGGAAGUGGUGCAUCUGCAUGGUUCUCAUUUUUCUUGAGGGUGGGGUGGGGUGGGUUAAUAUUCAUCAAACAGCAAACAAAACGGUGCCGUCUGUGUUUCCUGCUUGAACAGUGAGUAACUUGGGGCCAGGUAGACAGGAAUGUAAAUUUACAUUGUGUCAUAGUUUGGAUUUAUUUUACGCAAUGAGGUUUUACUGCCAGCAGUUUUUAACGUCUGGAGUUUUUUUCUCUCUUGAGCGCGCGCACACACACUCACACUCACACAUACACAAACACACACAUGUUCUCUCUUUCAAAAAGGUGCUGAUGAGCUGAAAAGGUACGACCGACCAACCCCCACACAGCACUAACGCGAGUCACAGUGGGUCAUGGCUGCUCAUAGCAAAUACAGUACAUAGGCAGAUUCCAGAGUAUAGGAGGCGUUAUGUGCUUGGCUAUGCAUGAGACUAAAUUUUAAAAAAUAACUUUUUAUCGGAGUCCUAUUGACCAUCAGUGACAGUGAGACUGGGGUUUUAAAUUAAUGUGAAAAUGUCCGCCCCUUUCAGAUAAAUCCAUGGUGUCCUCUAUUUCUCCCAGCUCAUCUUGGAUCAGUCCACUUCUGGGCAACAUGGGGGUGAAGAUGGGUGUGUGCUGCUUACUACAUGAAGUAUGACAGGACAUGGCUUAUUAUCACAUAGUGGAUAUGUAUCUAUAUAUGAUAUUAAAAUGGAAUAUCCAAUAAUGGUGUCAUUUAGGAGAGUCGCCCGGGGGUGGGGAGGGGGGGUGUACGUGCGCACCUGUGCCCAUCCUUGUUUUUAUUUUUUCUCUCUUUCUCUCUGUUGCGCGUGCCGUAGUCUCUCUCUCUCACACUUAUUUUUCUCUGCUGAGAAAUUUGUAGAAAUGUAUUAUUUACAGCUCUGAAAAAAAAAUGUCACGUCAACCUUUUCUCUUCUCUUCAUCGUGUCUUUCUUUCCUUCCUCUUCUUCUUGUAACAUUCUAGUUUUCACUGUUGUGUUUCCUCCGCGCAUUUACAAAGCUGUGCUUACAAUACAAUAAAGACCUUGUACAGAUCAUGAUAA